AGGGUAAAGGAGUGAACAAAUUCAGUGUUCCCAAAUCUCCUUUCCAUUUUAACUGUCCUGGGCAGUUUUCCCUUUUUCAACAUGUUGCACUAAUGCAUGCUAUUUUCUUGUAACUUUGAAUGCCUGGAAAAAUCCAGCGUUAGAUCAUUCAAAUCAAUUGCAUGUUGCUUUUUUUAUAGAAAAACAUUGAAAUAUCAUCUUGAAAAAAAUGAAAUCAUGUAAUUAAUUUUGUGGGCUACAAAUGGAGCAAAUUCUAGACGACAUUCAAUAUCUCAGAACGGGCGACCAUCUCACGCUGAUUGCCCAAGUGAAAGUCCCCCUAGCAGGUGUGAGUGCGGCAGCGGCUGCUCUUGGAGGGGGAGGGGUGGGUAAGCAUGGGGGUAGACUGUCUGUGGCCAGCGGGGCCAUGCACGGGGGUCUUUUGGGUGAGCCGGUGCUGGAGUUGAUCCGGGUCAGUUUGGCAGCCGAUGGAUUUGGAACUAAUCUCAGUCACCUUGAAAACUUGUCCAACCAUGAUGUUCCGGGCGAUAUUGUUUCGAGUACUUUCCUGUGUGAGAAUGCACUGUCCAAGAAGGCUCUUCAGGAACAGCUAAUAAUGGACUCUUCUGCAAAGACACUCGCCAACACCACUGGGAGCGGGUACAAAACUUUGCUUUAUGGGCACGCGGUGUGCUUCAAACAUGUGCAGAGCGAGAAGUACUUGGCAUGCAUGGCUUCGUCGCCCUCCUCCGACAAGUUGGCAUUCGAGAUCGGACUGGUCGAAAACACGAUUGAGCGCGCGUGGUGGAUCAUAGAACCCUCCAACAAACAGAGGUCAGAGGGGGACAAGGUGAAGAUCGGAGACGAGGUCAUCCUCAUCAGCGUAUCUUCCGAGCGGUACAUGCACGCGGCAAUCUCCAUCUUCUGUCCACUGGCUUCCUUCCAGCCCUCCUGCUGGGCCAUGGGGAUAGUGAAGAGAGGGGAUGUGGAAGGGACUACAAUGGGAUUCAUCAAAGGGGGAGACACUAUCCGACUGCAGAAGGGAUUCGACGAGUGUCUGUCCGUAGUCGGGAUCAAACAGAGAAGCAACACUGCCAACUCCUCACCCCUGACGUAUGAAUUUGACGAUGGCAGAUGGGAGGGAAGAUCCCUGUGGAGGAUUGAGUUUGUCAGAUCCAAGUGGAAUGCGACUUGUCUGCAGUGGGGACAGCCAAUCAGAGUUCGCCACGUGGUGUCUGGCAGGUACUUGCACGUGAGGGAGAACAACUCUCUCGCUCUCUGCGAAGCCACAAAUGCAUCCUGCUCUUCCACUCUAUUCGCUCUCUACAGCACCAAGGAGGACGAGGAAGUAAAUUGGGAUCUGACGCAGGAACCGAAUCAGGGUCAGCCAUGUAUCAAGUACAACGAGCACCCAAUCUUCAUCAAACACGUCAACUCACAAUCAUGGCUCUCAUAUUCGGUCAUCGACAGCAAGGUGCCAGGGAAGAUGAGUGGCAAACGGGUGGUGCUGCUGCCGGAUGGGCACACAGACGACGCCUUCGUAGUCCGAGUGAGUCAGUACCAGGAGGGCAUGGCCUCCAGAUUCAUUAUGAAGGCCCUCAAGUUCUUCAACCGCUUCAUUGUUGCCCUGAAGUCUCUAACGCCUGUAGAUUCUGACGCCGAGAUCUGGAGCAUCUGUUCGGUGGACGUAGUCAUCACUCUCAUCGAAGACCUCAUCGCGUAUUUCGCCCCACCAGACGAAGAAGCCGAUCAUGAGGAAAAACACACGAGCGCGAAGAACUUGAAGCUACGGCAGGAUCUGUUCCAAUCAGAGGGAUUCAUUCUGGUGAUUCGAGAGAUGGUCGACUGUCUGAAGGAGUACAAGGAACAUUUCUCGGCCGCAGUGGGACUGGGGGCAGGACCAGGGGGCGGAAACUCUCCAGGGGACGAGAUUGGGGGGUCGGCUCAGCCGGCUCAGAUAGGCAGCGAAGAAUUGGAACAGUUCGAUGAGAUCUCCAGUCUACUAUUUGAGCUUUUGGCCUCUCUGAUCCGAGGCAACCGAGUGAACUGCAGCAAGUUUUCGGAGCCAGCUAGUCUGGAUUGGCUGAUGAGUUUUCAUAAUAUCAUUAAUGUUCCGACUUUUGUAACAAAAGGCGAUCAUCUCACCCUGAUUGCCCAAGUGAAAGUCCCCCUAGCAGGUGUGAGCGCGGCAGCGGCUGCUCUAGGAGGGGGAGGGGUGGGUAAGCAUGGGGGUAGACUGUCUGUGGCCAGCGGGGCCAUGCACGGGGGUCUUUUGGGUGAGCCGGUGCUGGAGUUAAUCCGGGUCAGUUUGGCAGCCGAUGGAUUUGGAACUAAUCUCAGUCACCUUGAAAACCUGUCCAACCAUGAUGUUCCGGGCGAUAUUGUUUCGAGUACUUUCCUGUGUGAGAAUGCACUGUCCAAGAAGUCUCUUCAGGAACAGCUAAUAAUGGACUCUUCUGCAAAGACACUCGCCAACACCACUGGGAGCGGGUACAAAACUUUGCUUUAUGGGCACGCGGUGUGCUUCAAACAUGUGCAGAGCGAGAAGUACUUGGCAUGCAUGGCUUCGUCGCCCUCCUCCGACAAGUUGGCAUUCGAGAUCGGACUGGUCGAAAACACGAUUGAGCGCGCGUGGUGGAUCAUAGAACCCUCCAACAAACAGAGGUCAGAGGGGGACAAGGUGAAGAUCGGAGACGAGGUCAUCCUCAUCAGCGUAUCUUCCGAGCGGUACAUGCACGCGGCAAUCUCCAUCUUCUGUCCACUGGCUUCCUUCCAGCCCUCCUGCUGGGCCAUGGGGAUAGUGAAGAGAGGGGAUGUGGAAGGGACUACAAUGGGAUUCAUCAAAGGGGGAGACACUAUCCGACUGCAGAAGGGAUUCGACGAGUGUCUGUCCGUAGUCGGGAUCAAACAGAGAAGCAACACUGCCAACUCCUCACCCCUGACGUAUGAAUUUGACGAUGGCAGAUGGGAGGGAAGAUCCCUGUGGAGGAUUGAGUUUGUCAGAUCCAAGUGGAAUGCGACUUGUCUGCAGUGGGGACAGCCAAUCAGAGUUCGCCACGUGGUGUCUGGCAGGUACUUGCACGUGAGGGAGAACAACUCUCUCGCUCUCUGCGAAGCCACAAAUGCAUCCUGCUCUUCCACUCUAUUCGCUCUCUACAGCACCAAGGAGGACGAGGAAGUAAAUUGGGAUCUGACGCAGGAACCGAAUCAGGGUCAGCCAUGUAUCAAGUACAACGAGCACCCAAUCUUCAUCAAACACGUCAACUCACAAUCAUGGCUCUCAUAUUCGGUCAUCGACAGCAAGGUGCCAGGGAAGAUGAGUGGCAAACGGGUGGUGCUGCUGCCGGAUGGGCACACAGACGACGCCUUCGUAGUCCGAGUGAGUCAGUACCAGGAGGGCAUGGCCUCCAGAUUCAUUAUGAAGGCCCUCAAGUUCUUCAACCGCUUCAUUGUUGCCCUGAAGUCUCUAACGCCUGUAGAUUCUGACGCCGAGAUCUGGAGCAUCUGUUCGGUGGACGUAGUCAUCACUCUCAUCGAAGACCUCAUCGCGUAUUUCGCCCCACCAGACGAAGAAGCCGAUCAUGAGGAAAAACACACGAGCGCGAAGAACUUGAAGCUACGGCAGGAUCUGUUCCAAUCAGAGGGAUUCAUUCUGGUGAUUCGAGAGAUGGUCGACUGUCUGAAGGAGUACAAGGAACAUUUCUCGGCCGCAGUGGGACUGGGGGCAGGACCAGGGGGCGGAAACUCUCCAGGGGACGAGAUUGGGGGGUCGGCUCAGCCGGCUCAGAUAGGCAGCGAAGAAUUGGAACAGUUCGAUGAGAUCUCCAGUCUACUAUUUGAGCUUUUGGCCUCUCUGAUCCGAGGCAACCGAGUGAACUGCAGCAAGUUUUCGGAGCCAGCUAGUCUGGAUUGGCUGAUGAGCCGACUGCACUUCGCUCAGAAGCAGGAUGCACUGGAUGUGCUCUACUGUCUGCUCCAGAGCAGUCCAGAAGCUGUCAACAUCUUCACAGAGACACACAUUAAGAUUCUGCUCAACAUGAUCGACAAGUUUGGAAAAGACCACAAGGUUCUGGAGGUGAUGCGGACUCUGUGUGUGAGUCAGAACGAGGCAGUCAGGGCCAAUCAGAACUCGUUCCUGCAACACUUCACUGCCAGCAGGAAACAGAGCAACCUUACCUUCCAUACCAAAAUCACAGAACAGAUCGUCAAUGUACGGCCAAAUGCAUUCAUCGGAAUGGCGGAAGGAUCUGCCAUGUACUACAAAUGGUACUUUGAGGUACACGUCGAAAACAUCCUGAGAUACCCCCACACACACCUCAGAGUAGGCGUGGCGUCCACUCCUGGGUUCACGCCAUACAGCAACAGGGGCUCCGCAGGGUGGGGCGGAAAUGGAGUGGGAGACGACAUGUUCUCCUGGGGCUUCGACGGAAAAAAUCUUUGGACAGACGGGUGUGCAUACCCAGUGCAGGGUACUCGGGGACUGUUCCAGUAUGAUGACGUCAUCGGCUGCUGUGUGGACUUCACAGUGCCCCGAAUCUCUUUCACGCUCAACGGGAUCCCCGUGCUGGGGGUGGUGGAGACCUUUCCCGUGUUCGACGCCGGACUCUUCCAUCCGGUAGCCAGCAUGUCCAGCCUCAUACAAAUCCGAUUUGUGUUGGGAGGCAAGCAUGGAUCAUUUGCCUUCAAACCACCUGAAGGCUAUGCACCAGUGUGUGAACUAGUGACCUCUCCUGACCCCACAGUAUCGGUCGUGACCUCAGACAAGAGUGAGUCCAAGUCACACCCACUGAUGGGUCACUGUGUUGAGAUGAGUACCCAGGACAGCAGUGAGCCCCCCAAUCAGCACUCGGUGGUGUUACAUGGACCCUGUCUGCUGCCAACCGUCACCGCCUUCCAUCCACAACCAGUGGACUUGCAAAAGGUGAAUCUGGCGCAGUCGUCGCUCCAGUUGCGCAAGAUGAUGGCCGAGUGGUUCCAUGAACAGUGGUCCAUAUCCAAGAUCGAGGGAGGUUGGAUCUAUGGCGAACAGGGCAUAGACGAACAUCGCAGAUACCACGACUGUCUGAAGCCGUUUGGGAGGCUGAACGAGGACCAGCAGUACGUUGAGAUCAUGACAGCAGACGAGAUUAUCAGGACUGUGUUGGCACUGGGAUACACGAUCAAACCACUGGACGCAAAGAGCCGACCUCUUCCCAAGCGGAUCAACCUGCCUAAUAACUACGUUCUGUCAAAUGGAUACAAGCCUGCUCCCUUCGACAUUUCUAUCGUGCAGUUGGGUCCUGUGAUGAGCAAAUUGGUGGAACUAUUGGCCGAAAACACCCACAAUAUCUGGGCUGAGGCAAAAAUUGCCAGGAGUUGGACUCACGGCGCUCAGGAUAGUGCAAGUAUGAAGCGGACUCCCUUGCUGACAGAGUACAAGAACCUGGACCCGGUAGCCAGGAAAGGAGUUCGAAACUCGGCUGUGGAAGCUAUCAAGUUGAUUGUCGUUCUGGGAUAUAGGAUCGAGGCACCGAUUGUAGAUGUAUCCGACAAUAUGCUCAGUCGCAAGCCUUCGGUGGUUCCCGACUACCGAGUGUACCGAGCUGACUACACGAGAAGCGUGACUUCGGGUAAACUGUACUACGAGUUCGAGCCACUAACUCAAGGCUUCAUGCUCAUUGGCUGGGCUCAGAAGGGAGUGUCUGCCUCCAAACUACCUGCGUGUGACUCAACCGCCUUUCUCUUCAACGGCUUCAAAGGUGAGAAGCAGAACGAGUUAUGUGAGAAGUUUGGAAAAGUGUGGAGUAAGGGCGACGUGGUGGGCUGCUUCGUAGACAUCGGCCAGAGAUCCAUCGCCUUCUCCCUCAAUGGCCAGAUGAUGAUGGAUGUGACGGGGAGGGAGAGUGCAUUCGACCACUUCAACAUAGCUGGAGGAUUAGUGCCAGUUUUCUGUCUGGCCAGGGGCGAGAGAGGAAAGGUCAACUUCGGCAAUGACCCGAACAGUCUUCGUUUCUACUUCGCCAAUGCCUACCACCAGGGGUUCGUGCCCCUCUGCUUCGAGACGAAGAGACCCCUGCCUCUGUGGGCUAGUCUGCGCACUCCCCACUUCCGGAAUGUGGAUGACGUCACGGCUGAGGGGGGCAAGGCCAAUUUCAAAUCAACAAAGACCAUGAGUACAAACAAUGACGGAAUUUUGUUCCCCGCUCUCAAAAUGACAUGGGAGGGGCAGUUAUCUGAGCGCAGCUGCGCCAAGACUAGCGGUCACUUUCUACGUCUCAACUUGCCAGUACAAGUGACGGGAAAGAUGCCGGUGCGACCUGGCUUUCUUACCGAGAUGGAAAUCGCCAACGCGGCCAUAAGUGCGAGCAAAGCAUCCACAUUUGGUUAUGCUGGUGGUGGGGGAGGGGGUCAGUACUCGGGGCCGGUGGGGGAGAAUACGAUCAUGGAGGAAUCAGAGGAGGACCCCGACUUGAACCGACCCCCAAUCGAGUACAGCAAGAUAAGGAAGAAGCAGGAUCCAACGUCUCUGCUUGCUCUCUUCCAGCCGAGUUCAAAGGGACGCCCUAAGGUGAACACUGCGGCCAACCUGAAACUACUGCAGACCAAGCACCGUGAACAGCCAGUGGAAGUUGUCGCACACUCUGACGACGAAGAUUCGGAAGAAGAGCCUUCGUUCGUGAUUGGAUUCGCAGACGAAUCACUGAAGAAGAUCAUGAAGACAACGUUGCGUAAUGUGAACAGUGAUACUCGUCCCUACAGACCCUCGGUUGUCGGACUUCCUAAUCUGUUCACUCCGGGGUCAAUGACCGGCCAGAAGAACCAGAAGAAGUUUGAGGAGCUAUUCAACUUCGAGCAAAACGGAUCCCGCUACCAGUUUAGUGUGCGAGUCUACCAGGGUCAAGACACCUCAUCUAUGCUCAUAGGAUGGGCGUCGUCCAGUUUCUCUGGAAAGGGUAUUCUGUCAUCUGCUGGUAGCAUGGAAGCCAAUCAGUCUGGAUUUGACAGUGGAAACGGUGGGGGCAGAAGUCUGAUGGAUUCCACCACUCGCAACGCAUUCAUCAAAGUGUUCGACAACAACGGAGGCGCUAGAGUAUACCAAAGACGCAACCUAUACAUGGCCAGUGUGGCUGGCUUGUGUGCGGAGGCGUUCCCGCCCACCCCAGGGAGCAGCAGUGGCCAGGGGGCUCCCGGGGGAGGCAUAAACAACGCCCUGACUGGACUGCAGAUAGAUGUGAUGAUUGACGUGACCUCUGGCGUGAUCUCUUUCGUCAUCAACAAACAGAUCUGCUCAACUAAGUUUCAAGUCGAAACAGGACAGAUGUUGUUUCCGUGUGUAUACGUGAAGCCCACUUGUAAAGACACGUUGCAAUUUGAGCUGACGCGGUCGCUGUUUGCCCUGCCACUGUCUUGUGAGUGGAUGGGACCUGAUCUAUUGACCAACUUCUACCCGGAAUGUCCCCCCUGCCUGUCAGUUCAGGUGAAUGACUCCGCCUCCUGGCUGGCACUACCUGAACACUCUUUCCAGGCCACCUUCAUCAAUGCCGCAGACAAAGGUUGGAGGGUUCUCACUGAUAUCCCUCACAAGUUUUGCUCUCUUCUCGACUCCGCCACCGGGACAUCUUACGACAUCGUUGAGCUGACAGAACGAACCGACUGGCUAGAAUACCACUGCAAAACACUUCAACUUUAUUCAGCAAUGUGCGAGCACGGCAACCACAAAGCAGCCCACAUUUUAACUGACCUAAUUGACGAGAAACAGUUUCUGUUUUUGAUUCAGUGCAACAGACUUCCGGGACCCCUGCGUUUAGAAUUCUUCAAUUUGCUAAUCGCUAUGCAUUUCCAGUACAGAACAGAUGCUCUGCUUUCGACAUCAAAUGAAUUUAUAUUCACACUUCCAAGCGAGGGAAUUGAAUCGCUACCAAAAUUAGACACAACUGAAAUCGAAGUCGAUCUUUCGAUCAUGGAGUUUCCGAACCUAAUCCAACCCGAAAUAGAACCCGUCUUACCAAUGGCCGACGCGCCCAAAAACUUCAACUACUCAAAAUUAGGCCCACCUAAAGUCAACACUGACGAGCUUAAACAUGUGGUAAUAAAAGCGAUGGAACAGUCUUUGCCUCCGGCCGGUGAAAAAAGUUUCCAGAGGCAAGACCCGCCCGGUGGAUCGCACAGUUAUUUCCUCGUUCCGUGUCUCAAACUAAUAAAUUGUCUAUUAUUGAACGGCUUGCUAUCCGUCUCUGAGAUGCAAAAACUGGUAGCCAUUCUAGAUCCGCAUUUGCUGAAGAAAAAAGAAUCUGGAGUUCCUAAUAUGUCGAGACGAAAAACGCGCGCCAAUUCGCUGACUCAUUCGCUAAUGAAUGCGGGUCUAAUUCACCUCGAGUUAGAAGACAUGGCGAAAGUAGAACUGAUUAAAUUGAUGACCUAUUUGAAGAGUAGUGAAUUGAGACAGAUAAUUGGUCAGUUGGUCCAAUUCGCCAACAACUUCGUGGGAGAGGGGCAGUUCGAUCAGAGAAGACGUUACAUUGAGAUCACCACUAAUACUGUCGAAGAACAAGCAUCAGUAUUGGCCAUGAAGACUAAAGAGUUCAGGUGCAAACCCCUUGAGCAGAUGAAGUCGAUGAUCAGCUAUCGAGAGGUUGAGCAGCCCUUCAGCCCCUGCAGAAAAGACCUUCAAGAGUUACUGCACAAAUUCCACAGUAGCCUGCUGGAGCAAAUAGGCGUGAACCAAACCGAACCUGAAGAAAACAAGUCCACAUUGUCUGAAGACACGCCCAAACCCGAGAUGGAGAUUGAGCUCAUCGAGGAGUCGCGGACCUCCCGGAUGAUAAAGUCCUUGCUUUCCUGGCUUGGGCGGAAGGAGGAGGAAGAGGUCGAGAUUGUGAUGUCGUGUAAGGGCACUGCAUUUAGAGACACAGUCGUGUCCAUUCUGGUCGAGUGGGCCAAAAACUCCGAGAUGCAGGAUGACUCACUCAUCCAGAGUCUGUUUCUGCUUCUCUUCAGGCAGUACGACGAAAUCAACCAGCUAAUCGGGGGGCUGGAGAAGACGUACGUGGUGGGUGGGGAGUGUGAGUCGAAUGUGAGGAAGCUGCUGACGUGUCUCUGCACAGUGAGACAGCUGCUCAAUGUGUCCAUGGGCUCAGACGAAGAGAAGACCAUGAUCGAUUCCAUCAGCGAAAUGACGUUCAAUACUGUAUUCUACCAACACCCUGAACUCAUACGCAAACUGAAUGCCCACGAGUCAGUCAUGACCGUCAUGGUCAACAUCAUGAGCAGCUCCAUGGACUCAUCUUCCUCCGGGGCACCCCCGUCUACCGAGAAGGGAGGGGACGAGGGGGGUAGAAGGAGGAGAUCUUCGCUCAUCCCCGGGACCAGCGGCGGGAGGCCAGAGAGGAGGAACUCAACUGCCUCCGGGUUGGAGGCUGCUGGUGGGAACGAAUGGAACAGCGAGAUAGUGUCUGUGUGCUGUCGAUUCCUCUCCUUCUUCUGUCGCUCCAGCUGUCAGAACCAGAAGGCGGUCUUCGAGAAACUAGACUUCCUCCUUGAAAACAUCACUAUGGGACUCGCAUAUCCCAGCCUCCGAGGUUCUACUCCUCUGGACGUGGCGGCCGCUUCCAUCAAAAACAACGAGGAGCUAGCUCUGGCACUGCGACAACAUCACCUCGAGAGCGUGAUCAAAUGUCUGUGUGAUUGUGGUCUGGCUAGCAAUCCCACCCUUCUAUCCAGGGGUGUGGCAGAUAUCGGCUGGGAUCCGGUGGUGGGCGAGAGGUUGUUGGAGUUCCUCAAAACUACUGUUUGGGUUUCGGGUGAAAGCGUGGAGCAAAAUGCGUUCCAGAUUGUGAGAAUGCUUGUUCGACGACCGGAGUGUCUUGGACCCGCUCUGCGCGCUGGCGGCAAAGGACUUCUAGAAGCCGUCGGUGAAGCAAUUGAAUUGCAAAAAGCUCACAACACAGUUCUGUUUCCACCUCCAAUGUCGGGUGGCUCCGAGGGAAAAUCGGGCGAUGAACGAGAAGUGGGAACGGAGUCGGUGAUUGGUCACGAUGACCCCAGUUCAGUCAGUUGGACCGACGACCGAUCCCUGAUAGUGUUCAGCUCCUCGGGAGACCGGGGAGCGGGAGAUACCCUCUCGAUGCGGAAGGAUCAGAUUUCGUUCAAGUCAGGACCUCAUUCGGCUAUCAUCAUUAAUUUAGAACCGACUCCGGACGACGUGCAAAUUGGCGACGCAGUUCUCGACUUUUACGCGGCGUUGAUCAAUCUGCUGGGGUGUUGCUCGCCCGCCGAACACCACACAGAGAAGACAGGCAGUGGGGCAAGUGGUGGGGCUGAUCAGAACGGGGGAGGGGGAGGCGGAGGAGGAGAAACUCAGAGGGUGAGGGCUAUUCUGCAGAGCCUGGUCCCCAUGGAAGACUUGAAAGGAAUCUUGGGCAUGAACUUCAGUCUUCCUUCCAUGGAAACUCUUCACCAAGAUCCCCCCGCUGAGUCAUCACAAGCGGCUGACGAGGCGCGCAACAGCAAGACGUGGGCAGGGCCCCUGAAGCCCCACCACAAGGCAUCCAUUGUGCGCUUCUGGGACAGAGUGUAUGGAAUAAGCGAGGCGGAGACACUAGAACAACUCAUCUCAAUCGGAUUUUUGCCUGACCUGAGAACUGCUGUCAUUCUAGAUACGCCCUCAGUUGCGGGUGCGGACUUCUCAGUGGCUCUCAACCGGUACAUCUGCCAGACAGUACUACCGCUACUCACUCGCAACGCACGACUGUUCGAAGGGGCCGGCGAGUCCUCCUCUAACCUUGUCGAAACCCUGCUGAUAACCAUCUACAGAUUCUACAGAUGCAGAACUCUGUCCAAUGCUCAGAGGGGCAUCGUGAACUCUUUUUUCUCCACCGUGAUUCAGUAUGUCAGGCCUCAGACUAUUCACAAUUUUCUGCUUACGUUGUCGCAACAUCUAGCCGACUUGGAACCGUAUAACGAGGUUGUUUACGAGGCUCUGAGUAUCUUUCUACAACACAACAAAGACUACUACUCCGGGGUUGAAAGUGUCUCGGCCACUUACGGAAUGGUAUCCGACGAGGAGCGAAGUGUUCUCUUGCGCAUGUUUGAGACAUUCUUCGACGCCCUCAUCAAAAACGGCAAAAUAGAAACAAUCGAAAAAGCAAUGCCCGCUCUUCUGUCCCUCGUCGGCACAAUUCCCCCAGAUUAUCUGAACAAAAGUGGGGCCACUUUGUCGAUUAAGUCGCGCAUGAAGAGCUCGGUGGAUCCGAGAACCGGCCAAUAUAUCCCUCGCACCACAAACUUUGAGUCGAUUAACUUGAACAAGGACUUGGCGGACUUCACAGCAAAGUAUGCGGAGCAAGUACACGAUGAAUGGUCCAAAGAAUUGCUGGACGACGGUUGGACUUACGGCAUGAAAUAUGACGACGACAAUAAAAAGUUGUCCAAUCUGAAGCCAUACAAGCUGUUACACGACGCCGACAUUGAAGACUACAAGAAUAAAAUUCGACAGAAGUUGCGAAUUGUACUCUCAUUGGGGUUCCAAAUCGAUAAGAAGUUCAACCCCAACACUGAUGUUCCCCAGGGGAACACUGGGACUAUCGGAGGGGGAAUUAGGGGGAGGAAAGCGUCUACAAACACUUCCGGAAAUCAACAAGCACAAGUGGUCGCGCCGCCUUCCAUUGCAAACUUCCGUCCGAAUCCACUGGAUCUGUCGUCUGUGGCGCUGUCCAAUGAACUCAUAGAUUUGGCCAACCUGGUCGGAGAGUGCUGUCAUGAUCUGUCCAACAACGCAAUCGCCAACGACCACUCCAGACGCACGCGUGCGGUGGAACACACAUUUGUGCCAUAUGAGUUGCUGACGAUGGAGGAGAAGGAGAGAGAGUGGAAAGGAUCCCACAACUUCAUAAAGUUCCUCAUUGUCUGCGGGUUCCAACUCACCAGGUCGAGUGAGUUCGAGAACUUUGGGAGUGACGCGUCGUUGUCUUCUGGGCUGAAUCGCCCGACAUCUUCCCCCUCCCAGCCCCCACCUGUCAAUCAGAAGAGGUUCUCUCUGCUGCUGUUGGAGAAAGUGAUGGUGGCUGCGGAGAGGACUGCGAAGGCUAUCAAGGACCAAGCAAAGGCAGCCGCCAAUCUAGUCGAAGGAGCUCAGUUAUCGCAACACCCACCAAUGCCCGAGAUAGUAGGAAAGUUUUCCCAUGUUGUCAUCCCUGUAAUACACCACUACGUCUUCUUAUAUCGAACUUACUACACCGGGACAAAAGAGAACAACAGUCAGAGAUCAGCCGACCAGACGCCCUCAUUUUCGGCCAAUCGACCGGGCGUUGUUUUUGCAUCUGUGAGAGAAAAGGAGCUCCUGUUGGGUCUGUUUUGCAGGUUGUUUGCGUCGCUCAGAGAGCAGAAAAAUAGUAGAAGUGCGGAAAUCAGAAGUGAGAUGAGUGGCUAUAUUGACUGCAUCAAAGCUGUAGCUGAGGCACUAGAGUUCUCAGCGAUCGCCGGAAGCAGCAACCCAACAGUGCUUGGACUUGUUCACAUCUUCUUCCUAUCAGUCGUGAACGAACUCAAGUCAUUCAGACAACAGAUGAUCUCCUUGGCGGAAAUGAUGACAGUCAAGGAAACGCGAGAUCUGAAAUUCAUUUUCAAGACUGUGCUGCCUGUGUUGAAGCUUGUGCUUCGAAGAAUCGGCUCCAAAGACAUGCUUGGCAAAUCCAUCAUACUUGGCGAGACUCAAUUCUGCUGCUAUGAGCUCCUGGAACAGAUGUACCUUCUAGGAGCAGACCAGCAACUCUGCAACGCUAAGCAACGGAGCAUAGUGGGCGACUGUUUGUCUGAGUUCGCCCAGGCGUUCCCGGUGGCCUUCCUGGAGCCCCUGAUGACGUCAUACAACAAACAGUCCAUUCUCAACAACAAUGAUUUCAAACAGCGUUUUGACGCUGUGGGCUUGUGUGGCGAUGUGCCCACUCUGGACGAGAUACUGAAUGAAGUGAACAUCAUGGCCAGUGCAGCUGCCGCACAUGCACAACACACACGUCCACAGGAGGACUGCUAUGACCCUCUUCUUGUCAUUGAAGUACUCCUGCCCAUAACCUGCAUAUAUUUGUCAAACUGGAUUUACCGAGGACCAGAUUACGAAUUGGUCGAUGCUGCAAGUUACCCGACCAACGUGACUCAUGCUCAGCUGAACAGUUUGUUGUCUAACGUGUUGUCUCUCAUCACAAACAACUUCGGAGUCACAGACGCGGUGUGGAUGACCAAAAUUGCCAAAGUGACCCAGCCCAUCUGGAAAGAGUCAGUGUCCUCAAUGUUGACAAGUCACUACCUGCCUGCUCUGAGACGACUGGCCGCCGAGAUGAGCCGACUGAUUCAGGAGGAGACACGACUCAAGGCCGAGUGGCAGACGGGAAAAGACACGACAAACUACGAAGACGACCUACAGCAGGCAAUGACGCUACUGAUGAGAGACAUCUACUGCUUCUUACCUUUUCUAUUGGCCUUCAUGGACCAGGAGAGGGUGGGUUGGAACUCUGAGAUGCCUCCGGACGCUUACGAGGUUUUCGAACUCGUCACCACCAUUUUUGCCUGCUGGGCAAAAUCUCAGACCAUCCGGAGGGAGGAGAGUAACUUUGUGAGCACACAUGGAGUGGACACUAUGGCCCUCAUCAGUGGACUGCAGACCAGUGCAGCCACUGCAGCCCAUGACGUCAUCCUGUCACACAGAAAGAACAAGAAGAAGAAGAAACAACAACAGCAGCAACAACAACAGGAUACCGAGACUCAUUCUGGAACUUCUCAGUCGGUUACUUUUCACACUUCAAUGAGUCUGAUCAUGGUAGCCUGCAAGAGGAUGGUCCCGGUGGGUCUUAACUACCUGGACUCAGACAUCCAAGAAGUGAUCCAGAGUGCCAAGCACAAGUACCUCCAGAAAUGCGACAACAAUAUGUUCUUCGAGCAGAAGUCGACAGAUGAAGAGGUCAAAGAAUUCGUGAAGAGUUCUUUCGAGCAGUACAAAAAACAGUCGGGAACUGUCGUCACAUCCACGUGCAAAAGUUUCAAGGGUUCUUUCGACGCCUUUGGAGAAGAAAGUGUUCUGCAUAUUUCAAAAGUGCUUCAACGAUUGCAUUUUGUGGACCACCCUCCCCUUGAGAACACGGAGGCGGAGACGCGUCUGCUGUCUCGGGCACGCAAGAGGAGUGUGAUGCAGUGCUUCCAGAUGGUGCCACUCUACACUUUGCCCAGACACAAGGCUGUCAACUUGUUCGUCAAGUCCUACCAGGACACGUGGCUCUCCACCGAGGAACAGCAUGGAAAAGAAAAUCUGAUUGAGAGUCUCACUACCGGAGACACUUUGGAUCCUAGUAAGCCAGACCCUCUGACUCAACUGAUCACUUUCAUCAAAAGGGGGGCUCAGAAGAUGGAGGAGGAGUCCGGAGGGGGAGGGGGAGGGGGAGGGGAUGAUGGCCAGGGGGAGUUGCUGUACAUCUCGUAUGCGGAACUGAUGAGCAGCAGCUGCAGUUGUCAGGAGGACGACGAAGACGGCGAUGACGAGGGGGCCGAGCCGAGUUUCGAGGAACAGGAGAUGGCGAAGCAGAAGUUGUUGUCGGAGCAGGCCAGAUUGAAGGAGAGGGGUGCGGCCGAGAUGAUUCUGCUGCGACUGACCAAGUGUGGGGGAGUGCAGUCGGAAGUGGCCGAAGUCACUCUGCAGAUGGGCAUCUCAGUCCUCACUGGGGGAAAUGUCGACAUCCAAACGACGAUGUUGAACCAUCUGUAUGAGAAGAAGGACGUCGCUUUCUUCGACAGCAUCGCUGCCUUCAUGCAGUCAUGCAGUGUGCUGAAUCUGGACAGCUUCGAGAGGUGCAACAAGGCCGAAGACCAAGUGUCCUCUGCAGCGUCGUCCGCUUCCGAGAGUGCAUCCAGGGUCAUGGAUGACUCAUCUUUCACCACCAAGUUGUUCAGGUUCCUCCAACUGCUCUGCGAAGGGCACAAUGCAGAGUGGCAGAACUACUUGAGGGUGCAAGAGGGCAACACUUCUAGUGUGAAUCUAAUCAACGCCUCUGUGGACUACCUGGUGAGGCUGCAAGAGAGUAUGAGUGACUUCUACUGGCACUACUCCUCCAUACAGCAGAUAGACAACAGAGGCAGAGAGGCAUUUAUGGUGGCCAUUCUAGUCGGCAAACAGGUGUUCGCCUCUCUGACGGAGAUGAUCCAAGGACCCUGUACUGGGAACCAGCUGGCACUCACCCACUCCAGACUGUGGGAUGCAGUGUCUGGUUUCUUCCACAUAUUCGCAAACCUACAAUUGAAACUAUCACAGGACCCUGAGCAGAUGGAAUUUCUGCGUGAGUUGAUGGACCUUCAGAAGGAGAUGGUGACACUACUGCUGUCUAUGCUGGAGGGCAAUGUGCUGAAUGGACCCAUAGGAAAGCAGAUGGUGGACACUCUCGCUCUAUGCUCUCAGAAUGUGCAGGAUGUUCUCCAGUUCUUCACCACCUUCCUCAAGUACUCCCAGAUUGUAUCCGGGGUCGCUUUCCAGGAUUAUGACUUGAAUGGGGACGGCAUCAUCCAGCCGAGUGAGUUCAGGUGGGUGUUGCAGAGUCAGAAGGUGUACUCGGAGGAGCAGAUGAGCUUCCUGGUGGAGUGUGCGGACAAGGACAGUGACGGACGCAUCUCUUACAAGGAGUUCUCCGAGCGCUUCUCCGAUCCAGCCAGCGAAAUCGGCUUCAACAUCGCACUUUUAUUCACAAAUUUGUCCGAGCACACAACGAACGACGCCAGACUGGAGAAGUUAGUGGAGGCUGCCAGCGACUUGGUUGAUAUUUUUGAAGACCAACUGGGAAGGAUCGAGAUCUUAGGAGGCACAAAGCGAAUUGAAAGAGUUUAUUUUGAAAUUUCCGAGGAGAACAAAUCCUCAUGGGAGGCCGAAACAAUCAAGGAAUCGAAGAGAGAGUUUUUGUUCAGCGGAGUGGUUGGCAUGCCUGACAUGGAAAAACUGGAGACUUUCAUCAACUUCUGUGAGGACACCAUCUAUGAGAUGCAACAUACCAGGUCCCUAAACCCAGAAGACGCCGAUUCAUCCUUACCCGCCACGAAGAAACAGUCUGUGGCGAAACGCUUCAUGGGCUGGUCGUGCGACAUGACAAAACGGGCAUUGAGGGCUUUAAUCAUGUCACCGUGGACUCUUCUGAUGUUCCUGCUCAGAAUAGUUUUCUUCUUCAUCCUGAAACUGCCCUAUUUUGUGUCCAUCAAACUGCCCUACUACCUAAUGCGACUGGUUGUAUGGAAACCAGUGAAAACAGUCUUGAUACUUGUUCACUAUAUACUAAUUACUCUCCCAACAACUGCAAUUAUGAAAACCCAGAAAAAAACAGUUUUGAUAUUCAAAUCAGUAUCGGGUAAAAAAGUGGAGUCCCCUGAAAGCGACGAGAAACGGCACCUUCUGACGGGAUCUCAAUCGCUGCUCCCCGACUCAGCCCGAGAGUCGAACUUGAACCUCGGCCUGACUGUCCCCGGAGAAGCCCGAAGGAAAACGAGCAACGUGGCGUUCGAACCGCAGAGUGUAACUGUCAACGAAGGCGAUUCGGAGUCAAUAGCCGAAGACUUGAUUUCGGUGUCCCAAAGAGCUUUAACUAUCACAACUCCACAGGAGCCAUCUUCGAGCCAUCUUCCUUCCUACAUGAAACUUUUCGACACUUGGCUGAGUACGCGGAAGGAGGAAGGGGCGGAACAGGUGUUCGACUACAGCAACAACUUCGCCUCUACCACCCAGUCCAAGCAGCAGUCGGAGGCAGCUGCGGCCGCAUCAAAAGCCAGCAAGAACCAGAGAUCCCUACCCAACAGACUCAUGUGCUUUCUGGCUCGCAACUAUUACCGCAUCAAGACGACAGGCGCCAUCCUUUCCUUCUUCAUCAACAUCAUUCUCCUCUUCUGUCGCAUCACGGUCUACAUGCCCGAAAACGACGUCGACUCCGACUCUUCUGCUCCCCCCUCCGAGGAAGCAGGAGGUGUGGCAGAGGGACUGGAACCUGUCCAGGUGGUCAUCAUGGACGAUGACGUGGCCUUCCUGGAACCUGUGCUCGUGUGUCUUUCUGUUCUUCACGCAUUCAUUGCACUCCUCAUUCUGCUUGCUUACUACAAACUCAAAGUGCCACUGGUGAUCUUCCAGCGAGAGAAAGAAGUGUCGCGAAAGCUGGAGUUCGAGGGACUCUACCUCACCACGCAGCCAGAGUGGAGCGACUUACGGGCCAAACUAGAUCGUGUUGUUAUCAGCUCCAGGUCUUUUCCGGUGAACUUCUGGGACAAGUUUGUGAAGAAACGUGCCAAGAGCAAGUACAGCGAAGCUGUAGGAGAUGAAGUCAUAGACACGAUUCUUGGAAUGCAAGACGCUCCAGCAACUUCUGCUGCCGAGGGGGCUUCUGGUGGCACUGGAACGUCGAACAGCUCUGGAUAUUUUGCAAAUUACGACUACGAGUACAACUUGUGGAAGCUGGGGGUGAUCUUCAGUGACCAGGCGUUCCUCUACAUCUUCUUCUACUUCCUCUUCUCCAUAGCCGGCAACUUCUCCCGCUUCUUCUUCGCCAUCCACCUCAUGGACAUCGCAUUCGGAAACAAAGACCUCUCCGCCAUACUGCGCUCCGUCACACACAACGGAAAACAGCUGGUACUGACGGCUCUCUUGACAUCUAUUGUCAUCUAUUUAUACACAGUAGUGGCUUUUAACUUCUUCCGUGACUCAUACGUCGAAGAAGCCGAAACUGUGGCUGACGUCAUCGCCCCCACCAUCGGGUUCCUCUCCAACGAUACCUCGAACCUCUUCGCGAAUCACGUGACUCCCUCGGAUCCUGGAUCGGAAACAGCUGCGGCCCCUCCUGGAUCAGUGAUGGAGCAGCAAAAGUGUGCGAAUAUGUGGCAGUGCUUUAUAUUCCACUUGCACCAUGGGCUGAGAGCGGGCGGUGGAAUCGGGGACGAGAUCGAGGACCCUCAGGUGCCACUGGUGAUCUUCCAGCGAGAGAAAGAAGUGUCGCGAAAGCUGGAGUUCGAGGGACUCUACCUCACCACGCAGCCAGAGUGGAGUGACUUACGGGCCAAACUAGAUCGUGUUGUUAUCAGCUCCAGGUCUUUUCCGGUAAACUUCUGGGACAAGUUUGUGAAGAAACGUGCCAAGAGCAAGUACAGCGAAGCCGUAGGAGAUGAAGUCAUAGACACGAUUCUUGGAAUGCAAGACGCUCCAGCAACUUCUGCUGCCGAGGGGGCUUCUGGUGGCACUGGAACGUCGAACAGCUCUGGAUAUUUUGCAAAUUACGACUACGAGUACAACUUGUGGAAGCUGGGGGUGAUCUUCAGUGACCAGGCGUUCCUCUACAUCUUCUUCUACUUCCUCUUCUCCAUAGCCGGCAACUUCUCCCGCUUCUUCUUCGCCAUUCAUCUCAUGGACAUCGCAUUCGGAAACAAAGACCUCUCCGCCAUACUGCGCUCCGUCACACACAACGGAAAACAGCUGGUACUGACGGCUCUUUUGACAUCUAUAGUCAUCUAUCUAUACACAGUAGUGGCUUUUAACUUCUUCCGUGACUCAUACGUCGAAGAAGCCGAAACUGUGGCUGACGUCAUCGCCCCCACCAUCGGGUUCCUCUCCAACGAUACCUCGAACCUCUUCGCGAAUCACGUGACUCCCUCGGAUCCUGGAUCGGAAACAGCUGCGGCCCCUCCUGGAUCAGUGAUGGAGCAGCAAAAGUGUGCGAAUAUGUGGCAGUGCUUUAUAUUCCACUUGCACCAUGGGCUGAGAGCGGGAGGUGGAAUCGGGGACGAGAUCGAGGACCCAGACGGACAGGAUCUCAUGUACAUGAGGAUCAUCUUCGACAUGACCUUUUUCUUCUUCGUCAUCGUCAUUCUUCUCGCCAUCAUCCAAGGUUUGAUCAUUGAUGCAUUUGGAGAGCUUAGAGGUCAACUGGAGCAGACAAAAGAAGACUUGGAAAAUAAGUGCUUCAUUUGUGGACUUGGUAAAGAGUACUUUGACGAGCAGGCGGCCCAUGGGUUCGAGAUCCACAGCGAGAAGGAACACAACUUCGCCAACUACAUGUUCUUUCUCAUGUACCUCAUCAACAAGGACGAGACUGAAUUUACGGGACAAGAGACGUACGUAUGGAAUCUGUACCAGAAACGAGACUUCGACUUCUUUCCUCUCGGAGACUGUUUCCGCAAACAGUACGAGGAGGAGCUGAAGAACUAAACUCUCAAAGGGCACCAACGACACACGAUCAUAGAAAAAAUUGAACACAUUUUUGCCAAAAAUUGAACAACAGAUUUCAAGGCUGAUCUGAUGUUUUCACUGCAUCGGCAAAUUAUUUCAAUGAGAAUGAACAAAAAAAUGGACUAGUUCAAUGAAACCAUUUACAAACUGUUCAAAUACUCUGAGAAGCUUGGCUAAAAGUUUUUUGAUUUUAUUAAUGUACUAAUCAUGCUACGAUUAGAUGAAUGAGCUCAGUUUAAGAACAUCCGUACAAUUAAAAGUAAACUAUUUCUGAAAAGUGAUGCAGCGAUUUGAACCCGAUAUUUAAUAUGGAUAAAGCCAGUGCUCGAGCUGAAAAAACAUGGUUACUUAACUCAAAUCACUGCUCCUACUUAAUACAUUUUUGAAACAUCGAUUAAUAAAAUAUGCACAAUUACCCUCCAA